AUGACCGGCCACGUCCCGCCCUCUGAGGAGGACCUCGAAGAGGAUGAUGGUGAAAAUGGACUGACCCGUCGCCGACGCUCCAGCGGCAGUGACUCCCAGUGUCAGGUGGACUCGGGUCGGUCGUUGCCUCGAAGCUUCGACUGGCGUGACCAGGAUAAGGUGACCAGCGUAAAGAAUCAAGGCAGCUGUGGAUCUUGCUGGACCUUCGCCUCGAUGGGCGCCAUGGAGUCGGCCAUUCUGAUCAAGAACAACCAGAAGGCCUCCAGCAACAACAUCGACCUUUCAGAGCAGCUGCUAGUGAACUGCGGCAAGCAGCAGGCCGGCUACCGGGGCGGCGGCUGCCAGGGCGGCAACUCCCAGAUCGCCUUCAGCUUCGUCCAGAAGGACUUCACCACCUCGGAGUCGGUCAGGCCGUACCAGGCGAAGGACGAGACCUGCGAGAUGAACUCCGUCCGCUCUGACCGGCGCAGCAUCAGCGACUACUGCGUCCGCAGCAAGUUCCGCUACAGCUACUCGAGCCGGGCGGAGCAACUGUCCGAUGACACGAUGAUGCGGGCGCUGGUGCAGAAGGGCCCCCUCUACAUUGCCAUCAACGCCAAUCCGCUGCAGUACCGAAACCUCCGCUCGGGAGUUCUCAAUGAGCCGGGCUGCUCCACGCAGACCAACCACGCCGUCCUCCUGGUCGGCUACGAUGGCUCAGACAACAGCUGGAUCAUCAAGAACAGCUGGGGACCUUACUGGGGCGACCGAGGCUACUUCAAGAUGGCCCGCGGCUCAAACAUGUGCGGCGUGAACACCGAAAUUGCCUGGCCAAUUUUGUAA